UUUUGGAAGGAUCUCUCAGGGAAGAAGCUUGACGGUCUUCCCCCCCUCUUUUUACGUAGCUUUUGGCCUGUAAUUCCUUCAAGGUGGAUACUAUGCGGAGAGUAAACGACAGAAUAAACCUCCUGGACCUACCAGAGAUCGUGGUGGAGAAGAUAAUGGGGUAUAUGAGCUACGAGGAGGUGGCGCAUCUCAGAAUUAUUUGUCGACGGUUCAACCAAAUCAGCCAGAUGUUGCUGAAUAAAGGAUUUCGCAAAGUGGAGCGCUACCAAGCCAAGUGCCUUAAAGAGGUGAAGAGCCAGCUGCCGAGGCGAGAAUCAGAGCGAAAGAACCACCCCCUCUUCCGCCACUGCGACAUUCUUACUGCUGUGGAGACAAGAUUGUCACUUCUCAACAUGACAUUUAAUAAAUAUGUUGAAAGCCAGAUGUGCUGUUUUAUCCCUGGAAAGGUUAUUGACGAAAUCUACAGAGUCCUGAGGUUCAUCCAGUCCAAUAAGACACUCCCAAAGUCACAAGAAAUCUUAACAGAGCUCCGAGAUAUCUCUAGCAUGGCGAUGGAACACUUUGAGGAGAAGAUUGUGCGUUCCUUAAAGCCCACCUCCCUCACACCCCCAUCAGCGCGGUUCUCCCCUUCACCUUUUUCUUCAGGAUUACCCUCACUACAUGUUUCUCCAAGAGCAAUACUCCUAUCAAAGUCAGAACCAGGAUCAUCAUCAUCAUCAGAACUCCAGUACGUCAUUGCAGCCAACAAGUACAACAAAAAUUCCUUGAAUGGCCUCAGUAAGGAAGUCAGUGAACUGAAAUCUAAGCUCCAUGAAAUGCGCAGGAAGGUCAGUGAGCAAGAGCGGGUAGCGCUUGAGCAGAAUCGUCUUGUCUCUGAACAAUCCACAAAGAUAUCACUCCAAGAAGGAAAGAUCACAGAGUUAAACAGGAAGCUUCUGGAAUAUGAUCAACGCUUUUCUGAGUUGCAAGCAGAGAUAUCCAGAAUUAGGGAAGGCUGCAGCGAAACGUCGGCAAGCAGCAGUAGCAAAAGUUCACAGUUCUUUGCAGCACCAAGUCAGACCACUCCAGCUGUGGGCUCAGCUUUGUUUGUGGCAGCUAACAUGGUGCCUGUGAACAUAACAGCGGCACAGCUGUCUUCGCAAGCGUACUUGAAUCCGCCACAGUUGGCCGGGUACUCCUCCGGGGGGCUGGCCUUCACAAUGGGCCAUUCUCCACACACAGGCUCAGCCAGUCUACAGUCCACUACAUCUACCAUUCCUUCAACCAGCCAAGUAUCUUGCCUCAGUUCAGGGGCCUCGGGUUCAAAGAGCCUUGAAGGGGACUCCCUUGCUUCCACAUCCCAGGCUUCAGAGAACCCUGCGCUGCCAUCACAGAGCAGCAUGGAAACAGCAGGAGUCAGCAGUAAUUCCCACAGAAGGAAGCACAGAAAGAGGCAUGCCUCGGAAAAUGAUGGUGAUCAAGACACAUCGCCACUGACCGUCAAGUGGGCAAAGAAAUAACCACUUUUCAUACAACAUUAGGGACGGAUUUUAACUGUGGCAUAUAUUGACAGAUAUAUCUCUGUAAAGUGAUAGAUGCUUUCAAAUAAGAUAUGACUUCUAUUUAUAAGAAAGUGAAAGAAACUCACAUGCACUUUUUUUCCAUAAUUAUUAUUUAGUUUCCAGUUUGUAAUGGGACUCCUUAAUGAUUCCCAUUGUAAAUAUGUGAAGUAAAAUGGUAAAAAUGU